ACAUGCAGCUGGUGCUGCUGGCGUUAUUUAUGAGCAAAUUUGGGAGCUAAACGAAGAAAAAUAGAAGCCAUGAGAGUUUAGAGAUGUCAGAGCUGCAGGUAGAAAGAAGCUCAGUGUGCUCUCCACGCGAGGAGGAGCUCGUGUCCAGCCGACAGAAAAAUGAAAAUAAAUGUUGCAACUUGUGAGUGCAAAUCUCGUCUGCAACCUCUGGUGUAUUGUUGCGUGUCCAUACCUGUGGUGUUGGUCUUGGUGGUGGAGCCCUGCAGAUUCUGCUUCACAGAUACGUGAAGCAGAAUCUUUGUUGACCAGGAUGUGCGUGUACUGUACUCUUCAAACCAGAUUCUCUGAGUUUUCUGCAGGCUCGGCCCCCGCCUGCCUGCUAAAACAAAUCAUAUGCAUUAAAAUAUAUCAGAAAAUCCUCCUUGAUCCCUGCACAAGCGUCAGCACAGUUAUUGAUCGUCUGUGGGUUUAUUUAUUCUGCCACAGUUUUAUAUAAAACCUUCCUGCCUGGUGCUACGAGGCUUCCUGGUGGCACAGUGUUUAAAGGCUUAGAGUUCUUUAGCUUUCAUACGACUACACUCUGUUUUAUUGUUCAUCCAGAGAACCAGUGAUGCUCUUCUUUUAUUGCCAUGAAGAGGCAAUUGUGGUGUCUGGUUUAGUUAAGACUUAAAGUUUUGGUUAAUCCCUGGUUUCCUGUUUUAUUUUGAAAGUAUUUCUUGUGUAACUCUUCAUUGACUUCCUGUUUCAUUUCCUGGCUUUAUAAUUGUCUUUCCCACCCUAACUGUUUCCACCUGUGCUUCCUCAGCCCUGUGUGGGUUCAUACAGAGCCUCGUCUCACCUGAUUUGAUUGUAGUUGCACCGUGUGUUGGAUGCUUGGGCUGAUCCUGCGUUUCCUGUUUUGUGAGCUCCUUUCUGUGCGAUAUUUGAGGAGAACGCAGUGCAGGAUGAUCAGGUGUUCCAGCUCGCCGUGUCUGACCUCAGUCUGAACGACGACAUCCUGCAGAGUGAGAAGAUCACACACUCGAUUAAACUCAUCGCGCCCAACAACCCUUUCCAGGCGGUGCAGGAAGCCUGUGAGCUGAUGAACCAGGGCAUCCUGGCGUUGGUGACCUCUACUGGCUGCGCCUCAGCGAGCGCCCUGCAGUCCCUGACGGACGCCAUGCACAUCCCACACCUGUACAUCCAGAGGAACAGCGAAGGAUCUCCUCGCACUGCCUGCCAGUUCAACCCGAGCCCCGGUGGGCAGCGCUACACGCUGGCCGCCCGGCCGCCCGUACGCCUCAACGACGUCAUGCUGACGCUGGUGGAGGAGCUGCGCUGGCAGAAGUUCAUCGUGUUUUAUGACAUCGAGUACGAUAUCCGCGGCCUGCAGGGUUUCCUCGACCAGACGUCCCGCCAGGGUGUCGACGUGGCGUUGCAGAGAGUGGACAGGAACAUCAGUAAAAUCUUCACCAACCUCUUCACCACCAUGAGGACAGAGGAGCUCAAUCGGUACAGAGACACACUGAGGAGAGCCAUCCUGCUGCUCAGCCCACACGGAGCGCACACAUUUAUCCAGCAGGCAGUGGAAACAAAUCUGGCCUCCAAAGACAGUCACUGGGUGUUCGUCAACGAGGAAAUCAGCGACACAGAGAUCCUGGAGCUUACCCACAGUGCACUGGGGCGCAUGACGGUGAUCCGGCAGAUCUUCCCGUUGCUGAAGGACAGCAGCACCCGCUGCAUGAGGCAGAACCACCGGAUCUCCUCGCUGCUGUGUGACCCGCAGGAAGGACACCUGCAGAACCUGGAGGUGUCCAACCUGUACCUGUACGACAGCGUGCUGAUGCUUGCCAACGCCUUCUACAGGAAGCUGGAGGACAGGAAGUGGCACAGCAUGGCCAGCCUGAACUGCAUCAAGAAGUCCACCAAGCCCUGGAACGGAGGCUGGUCCAUGCUGGAGACCAUCCAGAAGGGAAAUAUCACAGGUCUGACGGGUACGAUGGACUUUAAGGACAACGGCUCCAACUCCCACGUCCAGUUUGAGAUCCUCGGCUCGAGCUUCAGCGAGACCUUCGGCAAGGACAUCAAGAGGCUCGCCACGUGGGACUCGGUUCACGGCCUGAACGGCAGCCUGAAGGAGAGCCGGAUAGAGAACGGCAUGCAGGGAGUCACGGUCAAAGUGGUCACGUUACUGGAGGAUCCUUUUGUCAUGGUGGCGGAGAACAUCCUCGGGCAGCCGAAGAGAUAUAAAGGCUUCUCCAUCGACGUCCUGGACGCCCUCGCCAAGAUCCUGGGCUUCAAAUACGAGAUCUACCAGGUAGCGGACAGUAAAUAUGGAAGUCGGCUUCCCAACGGCUCGUGGAACGGCAUGAUUGGCGAUCUAAUCAACAAGAGAGCAGACCUGGCGGUGUCCGCCAUCACCAUCACGCCAGAACGGGAGAACGUGGUCGAUUUCAGCAAGCGCUACCUGGACUACAGCGUCGGCAUCCUGCUCCGAAAGCCCGAAGAGAAGAUCAACAUCUUCUCUCUGUUCGCGCCCUUCGACCUCGCCGUCUGGGCCUGCAUCGCCGCCGCAAUCCCCGUGGUGGGAGUGCUCAUAUUCCUCCUCAACAGACUGCAGGCGCUGCGCUCCUCGUCCCAGAAUGCACCUCCCGGUCAGCCGGCUAACGGAGCGGGGUCGGGCACCCUGCACAGCGCCAUCUGGAUCGUUUACGGAGCGUUCGUGCAGCAAGGUGGGGACGGUGUGGUGGGAUCGGUCGCUCUGAGGAUCGUCAUGGGCAGCUGGUGGCUCUUCACGCUCAUAGUUUGUUCAUCGUACACCGCCAACCUGGCGGCGUACCUCACCGUGUCACGCAUGGAUCACGCUAUACGGUCUUUCCAGGACUUGGCGAGGCAGAUCGACGUGGACUACGGCACUGUGAGGGACUCGGCGGUCUACGACUACUUCAGGAACAAAGGCACCAACCCUCUGGAGCAGGACAGCACCUACUCAGAGCUGUGGAGGACCAUCAGCAAGAACAACGGCAUGGAUUACUCCGUGUCCAGCCCGUCAGAGGGAAUACGCAAGGCAAAGAAGGGUCCGUACGCCUUCCUCUGGGACAUGGCGGUGCUGGAGUACGUGGCCCUGACGGAUGACGACUGCACCGUCACCGUGUCGGGAAGCAGCAUGAGCAGUAAAGGCUACGGCAUCGCCAUGCAGCACGGCAGCCCAUACAGAGACCUCUUCUCACAGAAGAUCUUGGAGCUGCAGGAGAAAGGCGACCUGGACAUCAUGAAGCAGAAGUGGUGGCCCCGCGCCGGCCGCUGCGACCUCAGCAGCCACGCCAGCGCCCACCCCGAUGGCCGCUCCCUCAAGCUGCACAGCUUCGCCGGCAUCUUCUGCAUCUUGGCCGCGGGCCUGCUGCUGGCCUGCCUGGUGGCUGGGCUGGAGGCUUGGUGGAACAGCAACCACUGCCGCCAGGAGCAGCCCAAAGAGGUUACUAAGGAUUACAGGCUGGCAAGGGUUUCUGGUCCAUUGACAUAUAAUGACAUUACAACUGCUUCAUCGGAGGGGAGGAGGGACAUUUGGACAGACAGAGAGAGAGGCUGGGAUGAAGCAGAAGCUAUUGAUACAGGACAAGGAGGUGAAUCUGGAACAGGUGCAUCGUCGUAUGAACAGUCUUUUGGACGAGGACUUGGCCCACAAGCAGAUCCCCGGCCCCUCUAUCGAGAUCUCUGCGCUGGACAUCGGCAGCAUGCAGCCCAGCCAGGCCUCUCUGGUCCCGGGCCCGGAGUCCAGGCGGGACUACCCGCCCUCGGGCCUCGCUGUGACCACCUUCCUCCCCGGGGAGGGGGGACCACCGCCUCCUCUUCCCCAUCCUCACCAUGGGGGGACCCUAGGCAGGACGCUACCCCCAUCCCAGGGCCCUGGCAGCAGCACGUUGCCCCCGCACCACCCGCUCAGCAGCACCAGCCUCAGCGGCACCAUGCAGUGCAAACACAGGGCACCCAACGGGGGGCUCUUCCGGCAGAGCCCUGGCAAGACACCCAUGCCAAUGUCCUACCAGGCAGUCUCCGCAGGACCCAUACCCGAAGCCAUUGAGGCCACCCACAGUACAUCGAUAUAAGAUCGGAGGGGUAAAAGGGGGCGGUGGGUGGGAGGGGGGCUGCACUCUGGACCUGGGUCCAGGUUCGGAUGCGAGGCGGGUUGGGGAACCCUAGAGGAAAAUUAUUAUAGAGGAAAAAAACAUAUAUGUACAAAGUAAAAAGAUUUUGUAUCUCACUAUCUGUUCAGAAACACACACACGAAAAAUCUAACAAAAAACAACAAAAAGCGGGCGGCGGGCUGGAGGGUGUAAUUUUUCUCGUGUACAUAUCUGUAAAUACCAAGAGAACGAAGUGAGGUUAAAGUGUAUUUUGAAUAUUCUCAAUUUUUGAAGUUGAGUUAUAAAAACAAACAAAAUGAGAUAAAAAAAAUAUAAACAUUGAUGAAAAAGUUAUGACUGUUUGAAUGGCUUUGUAAAUUUUGUUCAAUUAAACAAUGACGCGAAAUUCAUUGUGAUUGUUUUCUAAGUGCCGAAAUUAAACGAUGUCUCUCCACAACUCAUUGAUGUAAACGACUACCCAUGAUGCACCGCUGUAGGGACAUUUUUAGUGGUGGACACCUACUGUUAUGCACCUCUGUACCAACCCUAUAUAUAUCUUCAGCAUCGGACAAAAAAAAAAUCACUCUUUGUUUUUUCCCCAUUUGUAUUAAAUAUAUAAUAUACAUAGUUUUUUCCAAGCAAAAGUCUACAUUCUUUUCUUACGUUGACUGUAAAUGAUGUUCAUUCAAACACUGAGGGGAAACAAGCGGGUUUUUAUUGGGUUCAUAUUUUACACACAGCUCAAUGGUUUGUUUUUAUAGCGAGUUUUUAUUUGGCGUCAGUACUGUCCAGGUGAGAGUCUGUUUGUGACGAGCAAAUGAGCGAAGAAGAGUACGUACGGCUGCGAGCGCACCGACCGCUGUCUUUAGGUCAAACGACGAUGCAGUCAUGCAAGCCUGGCCUCUUUGUGGAAUACGACAGGGUGUAGAACCGCGGCUCCCUACCCACGCGGUGCAGGUCUUAAUCUUAAAGUCAAAUAUCAUAUUUUUGAACUGUAAAUGCAGUCGCGCGUUCGACGUGAUGAAAUCUCCCAACAGUUUCUGUAGUCCCGUUUAACCACUUACUACAAAAACCUUUUCUGGGUCACGUUAAAGCUUCACAAUUACGAGAAUUGCUUCUGUAUUUUAAGCUGUGGAAAGAAAUGAACAUGUUUAGGGUUGGAUGAACCACAGACCUUUAGACAUCAAACAGAAACCAACCCGACUUCGAGAUGAGGAAAUCAGGAACACAAAAACACUUGUUCUGGGUUUCAGAGAGAUGCUUGCACCUUCUGAAUGAUGAAUAGUUUUAGAGUUCGUCUUCUUCAUCGCACCGCCAGCAAACCAGUGAAAAUCAGUUACAGUCUUUUUCUAUGAAACUCUGUCCAGAUGCUUUUAGACUAAUGAAAAGUUGGCACCAAUUUAAAACAAGUACUGGCAUGCUUCCCAACUCUGAGACAGACCCUCUUGUUAGCCAAAUAUAUACAAAAAACCAGAAACGGUCCAGAGUAUCAGCCAGCCUGGUAUUUAUUUUAUUUGAUAUUUUUGAGCUUCUGUUUGAAUUUGAAGGAAGUGUCAGAUUCAAAUUGGUGCCAGAACGAUUGAUGGUUACUAAUUUAUUCAAACAAACUUCGACAACAGUCGAAGUCUGAAAGUCUGAAAUUACAGACCUGAAACACAAGAAAAGUUGUGACAGAUCAAACGUAUUCGCCUUUCCAUCCUUACUCUUACUAACCGCUCCCACAGAGUUCCUAAAGGAGGGCCGACACUUUUGUUUUCAGGCAGUCGUAAUGCUUCGUUUGGGGCCAAAUAUCGAAGCUCGGCCGUGUUCCAACAGCGGUCGGUGUGAACGCAGCCUUAACCUUAAGAAAAAAUAUAAAGGUACUAAAUAUAUAUGUCUUUAAUUUUUAUACUCGAGAAUUUUACGUCACGCUCUCGUGCGCAAGUUUCUUCUUGCAAAGCAGUGCAGUUAUUCUAACGAGGAGUGAGAGAGUGACUCAGAGAGGCAUCGUAUUUCCACAAGUCAUUCCUAAUGAGAUCCAUUAUCACCUGCAGGGAUGACAGAGGGCGUCAUUACCCAAAGUGCAGACAGAGGCUCAUGAUGAUGGCCGUUCUGCAGGUGCCAUACCUCAACUGCUUGUAAAGCAGAGGGAAGUUAAAUAUAUUUGCUAAACACUGGAUAGUUUUUUCUCUAUAGGAUACUGUGAGAGGAACAUUUAUGGUAAAAGUAUUUAACAACAGAAAUAUAUAAACCGACCAUAUCACCCCCACCUUUUUGCUUUUACAAGCGCGGUUAACGUGCAUCUAUGGGCCUAAUGACUGUCGACUUCAUUUACAUUAGCCUGACGCUGGCUGUUCGGAUCCAUGUUGAUCACACACAGUUUUCAGGACAUUAGCAGCAAAACGCAGACCCGCUCAUCUUUCCAUUUAUAGAACGUGUACGUGGGCAGAGGAAACUGAGGAACCUUAACUUGUCAGAAUGAAGAGCUUUAGUUCCAAAACUGUAGAUCGGACAUCGAAUCUUGUGUUGUUGAUAGGUUUGUGGUUGUUGGACAGGCGGCAGAUUAACUCGUUCAUUAAACUACAGACACGAGCGUUCUGUGGAGGUUUUACUGUCCGGUUCUGUCGCACAGCACUUCUUCCACACUGGGGAAACCCAGACUGAAAGAUUUUUAAGUGUCCGUAUCAUGUAUGUCCACUCUAUUCUUACAGACAGACAGCAGAAAUACUGGAGCUGAAGCCUUCUAACAGUGAGUUGUUUUUGGGCAGUCCCUUAGAAAAGAUGACCAGGGGUGGGGAACUCCAGGCCUCGAGGGCCGGUGUCCUGCAGGUUUUAGAUUUCAUCCUGGGUCAACACACCUGACUCAGAUGAUUAGUUCA